AUGUCAGAGGCAGACGGGACAGCCUCAAAUAGCACUGGGACAAUGUCAGUCAGACUCAGCCCGAAGGCCUUCCCGCGUGAGCACCGCAUGUCAGCAAGCGAGCUGCUGAAGCAGGCUUCAGAUGAGUCCCCAAAACAGGGGACCCAGGGGACCCAGGCGCGGAGGAGUGGCGGACCCCAGGGGCAGCCUGGCGGCCCUCGCAGCUCUUCCGGCCACAACAUUGAUUCGACGGCAGUGUCCCAAGUCCUUGCCAAUGCAGACAUCCGAAAACAGGACACCACGCCGAGAUCUGACACUGCUAGGAGUUCCAAGGUGCGCUCAGCCAGGAGCUCGAGUUCAUCUCAGCUGAAGGCGCGUUCCAGAAGCUCCAGUAGUGCGUCACAUGGCCACAGAAGCACGGCCAGAAAGGAAAGCGGUAGAAGUCCAUCAUCUCGUUCAAGAUUGGACAAGCACCUGGAGGUUUCCAAGGACGACUCUGGACCUAGCGUGCAGGCACGUCGGAGCAACAGGGCCACAACCGAGCAGGCAACAUCAGAAACGAAGGUCCCGAACACAGAGGCGAGACAUCGCACCUGGAGCGGGCCGGAGCCGCGGGAAUCCCAGGCGAAGGAAAAGGGGCUCAUCACAGAUGCAGAGGCUCUAUCGCAGUGGAGUGAUGGUAGCACAGCCUUGAAUACCAAAGCAAGUCGAGAUAGCACGUCCACCUCAAGAGAUUCAUGCAGCAGCCCAAGCAGGUCUGCACUCAGUGGUCGACUGCUAGGUGGAAGUCCUUCUCCGGGAGACACCGCGGUGAUCCUCGUGGAUUGGGACGACACGCUUUCUCCUACUAGUUGGGUCUUCGAGCAAAUCCGUAAAUGCCCGGACAACAAAGCCCUGGCAGCGGUUGAGAAGGCCUCGGAGGACCUCUUGCGGGAGCAUUCCAUGACCGUUGUGGCUUUCCUGCGCGCUGCUCGUGCCUGUGCGCAAGUGGCGGUAGUGACUUUGGCCACCGAGGAUUUCUUCCACCAAAGUGCAGACACCUUUCUGCACGAGGUUCGUGUCAAAGACCUCUUUGAAGAACUAGGCAUCGAGGUACACUUCGCGGAGCGCCCAGCGCAGGUGUCGUUUCCUGCCGCUGCUCGGUCAAAUGCCGUGCGGAGGGAGGUGGAGAUGGGAUAG